UUUUCAAUCGCCGCCCUUUUCCCACUUUAUCUCUCUCCUCCAAUCCUUCCGUUCCCACCUGUAAUUCAUUCAUUCAUUCAUCUUCAUCCUAAUUUUCAAUGACAGAUUAUCGUUUGCCAGCUAUGAAUCUAUGGACAGACGACAAUUCAUCAACAAUCGAGACUUUCAUGUCAUCCGAUCUCACCACCUAUUGGCCACCGGCGCCGACGUCUCCUUCCUCAUCGGAAUACCCAAGAGUUCUCAACCAGGAAUCACUCCAGCAACGCUUACAAGCCUUGAUUGAAGGUGCCCGUGAAAGUUGGACCUACGCCAUCUUCUGGCAAUCAUCUGUGCUCGAUUACUCCGGCGUCUCUGCGCUUGGAUGGUGCGAUGGGUACUAUAAGGGAGAAGAAGAUAAGGGUAAACGGAAAUCAGUUGCCUUUUCGUCGCCUGAGGAUCAGGAGCAUCGGAAAAAGGUUCUCCGAGAUCUCAAUUCACUUAUCUCCGGCGGAUCUUCUUCAGCUGAUGAGGCUAUCGAUGAGGAAGUGACUGAUACGGAGUGGUUUUUCUUGCUUUCGAUGACUCAAUCGUUUUCCAAUGGGAGCGGUCUGCCUGGUCAGGCUUUUAUGACUUCCUCAACUGUUUGGGCUGCUGGAGCUGAACGGUUAGCUGGAUCUUCAUGUGAGAGGGCUCGACAAGGUCAUAUGUUUGGAUUACAAACUAUGGUUUGUAUUCCUUGUUCUAAUGGAGUAGUUGAAUUGGGUUCAACUGAGUUGAUCUUUCAGACAUCAGGACUGUUGAAUAAGGUAAAAACUUUAUUCAAUUUCAAUAAUCCUGAUCUGGGUUCUUGGCCUCCGGCUCCAGUGAUGAAUAAUAAUCACAGCGAGAACGAUCCAUCGACCAGUUAUCUUACCGAACCACCAUCCAUGGCGGCGGAAGUUAGAGAGCCUGCAAAUCUGAAUCUUUCCAACAACAGCAACCAUCAUCAUCAUCAUAAUCAUCAGGGUCCGAAACAGAUGAAUUUCGAUAAACCAGCUAGAUCGAUGAGUACUCUGACUGAAAGUCAGAGCCAGAUGCAAUCUCAACCUAAUUACACUCGAGAAUUGAAUUUCUCAGGACAAGGGUACGAGAGAAAUGAAUGCAAAAAUGAAAAUUCCAUCUCCUGUAAGCCAGAAUCCGGCGAGAUCUUGAGUUUCGGUGAAAGAAAUCUCUUUUCCAGCCAUUCCCAAAUUGGGGCUUCUGUUGAUAAGAACAACAAGAAGAGAUCCCCUGCAUCUCUCGGUAGCAACGAUGAAGGAAUGUUAUCAUUCACCUCCCCCCUGAUGUUACCCUCUUCAGGUAAGGCGAAAUCAACAACCGGCGGAUUGGAUUCCGACAAUUCUGACUUAGAAGCGUCGGUAGUUCGAGAAACGGGUAGCAGCAAAGUUGCAGAGCCAGAAAAGAAGCCAAGGAAACGAGGAAGAAAGCCUGCAAACGGAAGGGAAGAGCCCCUGAAUCAUGUGGAAGCAGAGAGACAGAGGAGAGAAAAACUGAACCAAAGAUUCUACGCACUCAGGGCAGUUGUCCCCAACGUUUCAAAAAUGGACAAAGCUUCCCUUCUAGGGGACGCAAUUUCAUACAUAAACGAGCUUAAAUCGAAGGUGGAUAGCCACGAUUCAGAGAAAGACGAACUGAGGAAUCAAAUCGAGACACUGAAACGUGAAUUAGCCAACAAGGAAUCAUCCUCAUCAUCUCAAGCCGAGCGUGAUAUGAAGAUGAUGAGAACCGGAAAACUGACUGACUUAGAGAUCGACGUGAAGAUAAUCGGAUGGGACGCAAUGAUCCGAGUGCAGAGCGGAAGGAAGAACCAUCCAACUGCGAAACUAAUGUCUGCGAUGAAAGAAUUGGAUCUCGAAGUCCAGCACGGAAGCGUAUCGGUGAUGAAUGAGCUGAUGAUCCAACAAUCAACAGUGAAGAUGAGCAGCAGAUUCUACACACAAGAAUUGCUUAAGCAGGCCCUCAUAUCUAAACUAGUUUAAUUAAUUAGAAUUCUAUCUAUAAUAUAGUAUAGUAUAUAGUGUCCUAAAAUUUGAAAAUAUGAAAUAAUCAAUGUACAUAAACGAGGAAAACCCAAUUAAGGAAUAUUCCGACCGGGUUUUCUUGUUUUGAAGAGGUACUACUAUUGUCUGUCUGUUGUUUGUUUGUAAUGUAGAUAGAGAGGUCACUCAACAACAAUUAAGGUUAUUAGUAUUUGAUGGGUCCUAUUUAUAUAUAUAAAUUCAAAUCUGGUC